AUGGCUGAUCCCGUAUACGAUCAUGUCAUGGAUUUGCGUGGGAUUCUGAUGAUUCGGGGAGAUGAAGGAGAAAAUAACAUUAGCAGAAAGAAAGAGAGCGGUUUUCAAUGGUGGGGCGGUUCGGACCGGUUUCGCCUUGCAGUCGCAUCGCACUCGGUGAUGGUUCGAGGCUCAGCCACCUUCUUCAGCAUUUUCAUCGCCGUUAUUUCAGUACAAUUCUCUGAUCAAGUACUUAGUCCUAAUAAUAAAAAAUUGGAAUGGAUCGUCGGGAGCUGGAGGUCAGAAUUUUCCGGAAAAGUUUUCUGGCCAACUGUUCCCACGAUGACAUUUGGUGAAGAGCUGAACAUUGGCGAGGCACCCAUUGCAAAAUCGAUAAAACGUUGCAACUAUUCGGAUCGAUAA